AUGGACUUCGGGUCCCUGGAGACGGUGGUGGCCAACUCGGCGUUCAUCGCCGCCCGCGGCAGCUUCGACGGGGCCAGUGGGCCGGCGGCGCGGGACCGCAAGUACCUGGCACGGCUGCGGCUGCCGGCCCUGUCCCGCUGCGAGGGGCUGCGCCACAGCCUGGACCUGAGCUUCUCCGCGGUGUGCGCCCGGCAGCCCAUCGGCAAGCGUCUGUUCCAGCAGUUCCUGCAGGCGGGCGGCCACGGCGCGGCCCUGGGGCUGUGGCGGGCCCUGGAGGACUACGGCACUGCCGAGGGUGCCCUGCGGCCACAGAAGGCCCGCGCCAUCCUGCGGGACCACCUGGACCCGAAGGCCGAGCUCUUCUGCGAGGCCCCAGACGCGGGGCUGGCCGAGCUGGCGCGGGAGGUGCGGGAGGCGGGCGGGGACGGGCGCUUCGGGCCGCUGCUGGAGGCCACGCUGGCCCACCUGGCCGGGCGGCCCUUCCAGGCCUUCCUGGACAGCCUGCACUUCCUGCGCUUUCUGCAGUGGAAGUGGCUGGAGGCCCAGCCGCUCGGCCAGGACUGGUUCCUGGACUUCCGGGUGCUGGGCAAGGGCGGCUUCGGCGAGGUGUCCGCCUGCCAGAUGAAGGCCACCGGCAAGCUGUACGCCUGCAAGAAGCUCAACAAGAAGCGGCUCAAGAAGAGGAAGGGCUACCAGGGCGCCAUGGUGGAGAAGAAGAUCCUGUCCAAGGUGCACAGCAGGUUCAUCGUGUCCCUGGCCUACGCCUUCGAGACCAAGACGGACCUCUGCCUGGUCAUGACCCUCAUGAACGGCGGUGACCUCAGGUAUCACAUCUACAACGUGAAUGAAGAGCAGCCUGGGUUCGAGGAGCCACGUGCUGUCUUCUACACGGCCCAGAUCAUCAGUGGCCUGGAGCACCUGCACCAGCACAGCAUCCUGUACAGAGAUCUCAAGCCGGAGAACCUGCUGCUAGAUGACAAUGGUAAUGUCCGCAUCUCUGACCUUGGGCUGGCCGUGGAGUUCCAAGAAGGGCAGACCAAGACCAAGGGCUAUGCGGGGACGCCCGGCUUCAUGGCUCCUGAGUUGCUGCGUGGUGAGGAGUACGGCUUCUCUGUGGACUACUUUGCCCUGGGCGUCACCCUGUAUGAGAUGAUUGCGGCCAGAGGGCCCUUUCGAGCUCGAGGAGAGAAGGUGGAGAACAAGGAGCUGAAGCAGAGGAUCCUCUCGGAGCGGGUGCAGUACCCGGACUCCUUCAGCCCGGCCAGCAGGGACUUCUGCGAGGCGUUGCUGGAGAAGGACCCCGAGCGGAGGCUGGGCUUCCAAGGCGGCAGCUGUGACAAGCUGAGAGCCCAGCCUCUCUUCAAGGACCUGGACUGGAGGCAGCUGGAGGCUGGACUGCUGACGCCCCCCUUCGUGCCUGACUCCAGGACCGUGUACGCCAAGAGCAUCCAGGACGUGGGGGCCUUCUCCACUGUCAAGGGCGUGGUCUUGGACCAGAGUGAUGCCGCCUUCUUCCAGGCGUUUGCCACCGGGAACUGCCCAGUGCCCUGGCAGGAGGAGAUGAUUGAGACAGGAGUGUUUGGGGAGCUGAACGUGUGGCGAGAAGACGGGCAGAUGCCCGACGACAUGAAGGGCAUUGUGGCUGAGGACUCAGCCCCCACCUCCAAGUCAGGAAUGUGCCUGCUUGCCUAG